UGUGGAAGUUGGUGGACGAGUGAGUCGGGAGUUAAAUUAUACACGGCAGAAGAUUGGAGAAGAGGCCAUGUUUAACCCCCAGCUCAUGAUUCAGACUCCACAGGAAGAUGGUGCUAAUGUACUAACAACAGAGGCACUCAAACAGCACCUUGACUCUGCACUUCAGGCCAGCAGAGUACAUGUUUAUAUGUACAACAGACAAUGGAAAUUGGAACACUUAUGUUAUAAAUCAGGAGAACUCAUCACAGAAGCAGGUUACAUGGACCAGAUUAUAGAGUAUCUUUAUCCUUGUUUGAUUAUCACUCCUUUGGACUGCUUCUGGGAGGGAGCAAAGCUACAGUCAGGAACUGCCUACUUGUUGGGGAAACCUCCUUUGCAGUGGAUCAACUUUGACCCCUUAGAAUUCUUGGAAGAGUUAAAGAAAAUAAACUACCAAGUGGAGAGCUGGGAAGAAAUGCUGAAUAAAGCAGAGGUUGGUCAUGGUUAUAUGGAUCGACCUUGCCUGAAUCCUGCUGAUCCUGAUUGCCCAAUCACAGCUCCCAACAAAAAUUCCACCAGACCUCUUGAUGUGGCCCUUGCUCUGAGCGGUGGAUGCUAUGGACUGUCAAGAAAAUACAUGCAUUGGCAGGAGGAGUUGAUUAUAGGUGGUACAGUCAAGAACAGUUCUGGUAAACUUGUCAGUGCCCAGGCUUUGCAAACCAUGUUUCAGUUAAUGACUCCAAAGCAAAUGUAUGAGCACUUCAAGGGAUAUGAAUAUGUUUCACACAUCAACUGGAACGAGGAUAAGGCAGCAGCAAUUCUGGAAGCCUGGCAGAGGAUGUAUGUUGAGGUUGUUCAUCAAAGUGUUGCACAAAACUCUACUCAGAAGGUGCUUUCCUUCACUACAACUACCCUAGAUGACAUCCUAAAGUCAUUUUCUGAUGUCAGUGUCAUCAGAGUAGCUAGUGGCUACUUAUCCAUUCUUAUAUUUUGCUUAUGUCUCUCUCUCUCUUCCUCCCCCCCCGCCGACUGUGCCAAGUCUCAGGGUGCCGUAGGGCUGGCAGGAGUCUUGUUGGUUGCACUGUCAGUGGCUGCAGGAUUGGGCCUGUGCUCAUUGAUUGGAAUUUCCUUUAAUGCUGCCACAACUCAGGUUUUGCCUUUUCUUGCUCUUGGAGUUGGUGUAGAUGAUGUUUUCCUUCUAGCACAUGCAUUUAGUGAAACAGGGCAGAAUAAGAGAAUUCCAUUUGAGGACAGAACAGGUGAAUGUUUGAAGCGAACAGGAGCAAGUGUAGCCCUUACAUCUAUCAGCAAUGUUACUGCUUUCUUUAUGGCUGCCUUAAUCCCUAUUCCUGCUUUACGAGCAUUUUCACUGCAAGCAGCAAUUGUGGUGGUAUUCAACUUUGCUAUGGUUCUGCUGAUUUUUCCUGCUAUCCUGAGCAUGGACCUUUAUCGUCGGGAAGACAGGAGGUUGGAUAUAUUCUGCUGUUUUACAAGUCCAUGUGCCACUAGAGUGAUUCAGAUUGAGCCUCAAGCAUAUGCAGAAAACAAUGAUAAUACUUGCUACAGUCCUCCACCCCCAUACAGCAGUCACAGUUUUGCACAUGAAACUCGGAUUACAAUGCAGUCUACAGUGCAGUUGCGCACAGAAUAUGAUCCUCAUACGCAGGUGUACUACACCACAGCAGAGCCUCGCUCAGAAAUAUCUGUGCAGCCAGUGACAGUAACACAAGAUAAUCUCAGCUGCCAGAGCCCAGAAAGCACAAGCUCGACGAGGGAUUUGCUUUCCCAAUUCUCAGACUCCAGUAUGCACUGCCUUGACCCACCCUGUACUAAAUGGACACUCUCAUCUUUUGCAGAAAAGCAUUAUGCUCCGUUCCUGCUAAAACCAAAAGCUAAGAUUGUGGUUAUUUUUCUUUUUCUGGGUUUACUUGGGCUCAGCCUUUAUGGAACUACCCGGGUGAGAGAUGGACUGGAUCUCACAGACAUUGUACCACGGGAAACCCGGGAAUAUGAUUUUAUUGCUGCACAGUUCAAGUACUUCUCUUUCUACAACAUGUAUAUAGUGACACAGAAAGCAGACUAUCCCAAUAUCCAGCACUUACUUUAUGAACUUCACAAAAGUUUCAGCAAUGUGACAUACGUUUUGCUGGAAGAGGAUAAGCAUCUUCCCAAAAUGUGGUUGCACUACUUUCGAGACUGGCUGCAAGGACUUCAGGAUGCAUUUGACAGCGACUGGGAAACUGGGAAAAUCACUUACAACAGUUAUAAAAAUGGAUCUGACGAUGCUGUUUUGGCUUACAAACUCUUGGUGCAAACUGGCAACCCAGCAAAGCCCAUUGACAUCAGCCAGUUGACUAAACAGCGUCUGGUGGACGCAGAUGGAAUCAUUAACCCGAAUGCUUUCUACAUCUACCUGACAGCCUGGGUUAGCAAUGACCCUGUGGCCUAUGCUGCCUCACAAGCCAACAUCCGGCCUCACUGCCCCGAAUGGGUCCAUGACAAAGCAGACUAUAUGCCAGAAACAAGGCUGAGAAUUCCAGCAGCUGAGCCCAUAGAAUAUGCUCAGUUUCCUUUCUACCUCAAUGGAUUGCGUGAAACUUCUGACUUUGUGGAAGCUAUUGAGAAAGUGAGAGCUAUCUGUAAUAACUACAGCAGCCUGGGGAUUGCCAGCUACCCAAACGGUUACCCAUUUCUAUUUUGGGAGCAGUAUAUUGGACUUCGUCACUGGCUCCUCUUAUCCAUUAGUGUGGUUUUGGCUUGCACGUUUCUGGUGUGUGCCCUCUUCCUCUUGAACCCCUGGACGGCUGGGAUCAUUGUGGUGGUGCUGGCUCUCAUGACUGUGGAGCUGUUUGGCAUGAUGGGUCUAAUUGGAAUAAAGCUGAGUGCAGUGCCUGUGGUUAUCCUGAUUGCUUCUGUUGGCAUUGGUGUGGAAUUCACUGUUCAUGUUGCUUUGGCAUUUUUAACAGCCAUAGGAGACAAGAACCAUAGGGCUGUCCUUGCACUGGAACAUAUGUUUGCACCAGUGUUGGAUGGAGCUGUGUCCACUCUGCUUGGAGUGCUAAUGCUUGCAGGAUCGGAGUUUGAUUUUAUUGUCAGGUAUUUCUUUGCUGUUUUGGCAAUCUUAACCAUUUUGGGAGUUCUCAACGGAUUGGUGCUGCUUCCUGUUCUUCUUUCACUCUUUGGACCACACCCUGAGGUUUCUCCAGCCAAUGGACGAAACAGAUUACCCACGCCAUCUCCUGAGCCACCCCCCAGCAUCGUAAGAUUUGCACUGCCACCUGGGCAUACAAACAACGGGUCAGAUUCCUCUGAUUCGGAGUACAGUUCUCAAACCACAGUGUCAGGAAUCAGUGAAGAGCUUCAUCAGUAUGAGGCCACCCAAGGCCCUGGGGCACCAGUCCAUCAAGUAAUAGUAGAAGCCACUGAGAAUCCUGUCUUUGCGAGAUCCAGUGUGGUUCAGCCAGAGAUGAGGCACCAGUCAAGUCCCAGGUUACGACUGAAUCCAGAGGCUGGCACCCAGCAGGCCUGGCGUCAGGGCCGGCAACCCAAACGGGAAGUGAGGGAAGGGCUGCGACCACCUCCUUACCGCCCUCGCCGGGAUGCUUUUGAAAUUUCUACUGAAGUGUUCGGUGCUGUGGGCGCUUCGGGACGGGCAUCCUGCCAGCCUAUCACUACUGUGACUGCCUCAGCUUCAGUGACUGUUGCUGUCCACCCUGCCGUGCACAGCCACAGCUCUCGUGGAGGGAGCUUCCCGUCCUACGAGGGGUACCAUGAAGCUGACCAUGGGCUGUUUGAGGACCCCCAUGUGCCUUUUAAUGUGCGGUGUGAAAGAAGAAAUUCUAAAGUAGAAGUUAUAGAACUGCAAGAUGUUGAAUGUGAAGAAAGGAUACCUGGCAACGGCUUAGAGUAAGGGUAGUAACUGAAGCAAAGAAGAGGCCAAAGAUGGAAAACUGCAUUUCCAGAACUGCUUGAAGAGAACUCCUUGAAGUUGUGGAAAAGAACAUGCUGCAUCAGGACAACAAUUCAUUGUUACUGUAAACUAUUGUAUUAUUUUGUUAAAUAUUUCUAUAAAUAUUUAAAAGAUGUACACAUAUGUAAUAUACAAAAGAACAGUGUAAAGUAGUAUAAUCUGGAGUCAUUUGCCUCCAGUUAGAGUGGGGACAAUAUUGUUUGUGCUCUGUACUUAUUGUACAUUGAUCUCUGUGCCACAACUAAGCUUAAUCUAGUUCUAAAUUUCAGCAUAAGUUGCUGCUGCUUAAAUAUUGUAUAAUUUACUUGUAUAAUUCUAUGCAAAUAUUGCUUAUGUAAUAGAAUUUUUGUUUUUGUAAAGGUACAUGUCUGUUUAAAAUAUUUUAAAUUUGCAUAUCACAACCCUGUGGUAGUAUGAAAUGUUGCUAUUAACUUUCAAACACGCUAUGCGUGAUAAUUUUUUUAAAAUAAGCAGAUAUGAAGAAAAGCACGUUAAUCUUGGAGGCUUAAAUAGGUUUAGCUAUGUGCAGGUUUUGUUUUGCUGUGUGUAUCCAUGUGUGCACCUGGAAGUGUGCAUGCUUGUGUGUGUAUGUUCCCGGUGUACUGUAGUUUAUCUCUUUUACUGUAUGGUAACCCUUAGUGGUCUUAGAAACCCACUGAUGUUGGUGCGAGUCUGGUUUUCCCUGUUAGUAGGCACUAGUGAAAACUGCAUUAGUGUCUAACAACACAUACCAUAGACUGCCAUCAUCAGAGGGCCAAGACAAAACAGAAGACAGGGAGUCAGGGUUUGGGGUUGUGGUUCAGUUUCCCACUCUGUUAAUGACUUGGUAUACAUUGACUUUGGUUAAGUCACUUAACUGCCCUGUGCCUCAGUCUCUAAAUCUGUAAAAUGGGUAUAAUUAUACUUACCUACCUCCCAGGAGAGUUGUGAGGCUUAAUUAUUGUUUGUGAAGUGCUUUGUUUUUUUGUAAAAGGUGCCAGGUAAGUGCAAACGCUAUAACCAUUCUUUUUUCAUUUCAAAAGGUGCUGGAUAUUGAGAGGUGCUGGCAGUUAUAGAAAUUCAAUGAGCAUAUGCCUUAUUUUGAUGUUGAUACUGUUAACUAUGAGUGGCAUUACAAUCUGAAUAAUCUAAUUGUUUGAUGGUGGAGCCACAGCCCAGCUGUGUCCUUAUAGCAUUCAAAGCAGUGUCCUCUGUCACCUUAUUUUCAUGUCAGGAAAGAAAUUAAUAGUAAGUGAUUAAAAAUCAAAUGGAAGGAUGAAAAAAUAUGUUAAAAAUCUUCUAUUUUCACUUAUUAAAUAUAAAUGACUUUCUAUUGGGUCCAGGACUGUAAUGAAUGACAGACAAGGCCUGGGGUGGUUUUUUUUUUCCCCGUUUGUUUUUUCCCAUGCUGCAUUGGCACUUUUAAUUAAAACAGCUAAACUAGGAUCCCUUUGCAAAACUAAU